AUGAAAAGUGUUUUCCACUACAUGAGUCAAUUUAAAAGGACAAAAUUAAUAAUGAAACAAGCAAUUAUUCCCAAGAAACCGGAGGCCACUGCUGUAGAUGCUUUCAGGCCGAUAGGUUUGCAAAAUUGCAGCAUCAAAAUUAUUGCCAAGGCUCUGACAAGAAGACUUCAGAAAGAAAUUGGAAAGCUAAUUGAUCUCAACCAAUCAGGCUUCCUCAAAGGGCGGUCUAUUUCUGAGACAUUCGUUUUUGCGGCUGAAUUGGUACAAACCUGCAAGAAGAGGAAGCUGCCAGCUUUGGUUCUGAAACUAGACUUUGCAAAGGUCUUCGACACAGUAAAUUGGGUUGGGCUGGAUCUUGUUUUGCAAGCCCAGGGCUUCUCUGUCAAGUGGAGGAAUUGGAUUCAGUCUAUUCUGUCUUCUUCCAGAUCUGCUGUGCUCGUAAAUGGUUGCCCGGGCCCAUGGAUCUCUUGUAAACAGGGACUCCGACAGGGAGACCCGUUGUCACCAUAUCUAUUCCUUCUUGUUGCCGACACCCUUCAAGCUCUGAUCAAGAAAUAUGCACAAGAAAUCAAACACCCGAUAGAUAGCUCAGCCCAUUGCGCCAUGCUUCAGUAUGCCGAUGACAUGCCUAUUGUCAUCAAGGGAGAACUCCGUGGACUGACAAUCCAUUUUGCGGCAGCAACUGGACUGACAAUCAACUACAACAAAACACAGUAG